AUGGAGAUCCCAACCAUAUUGAACAGGAAAGCGUCCGCAGCAGUAGCUGCAGAUCCUCGCUUUCAGGCACAACUCGCCCAAGCAGUACACAUGCACACUCAAGAGAUGAGUGAACAGGCGACUUCCCAACCGGGUGACCACACCGUCAUGGGAUAUCCUCCCAACGCACAGCCUCUUCAUCAGACACAGCAAAUGGCCCCUCAACUAUGGCCCACACAUCCAAACGGUGCUCCAGUGAUGCCACCGAAUGGCUACGUUCAUACCGGCUUUCCGGCCGUUCCGCCACAGCAAUCGCAUACACCGCCAGUCCAACAACAGCAGCAACAGCAACAGUCACGGCCGGAACCAGCUCCGCGUGUUUUUCACUGUUCUACCUGCCAGAAGGGAUUUGCUCGUCGUAGUGACUUGGCUCGCCAUGAACGUAUUCACAGUGGUAUCCGUCCUCAUGCCUGCGAUUGGCCUGGUUGUGGUAAACAAUUCAUCCAACGCUCAGCUUUGACUGUUCAUGCUCGUGUACAUACUGGAGAGAAGCCUCAUAUGUGCGAGCGAUGCGGAAAGCCAUUCAGUGACUCCUCUUCACUCGCGCGUCAUCGCAGAAUUCACUCUGGCAAGCGACCUUACAAAUGUCCCUAUGCAAAUUGCCAAAAGACAUUUACACGUCGUACUACGCUCACUCGUCACCAAAACCACCACACUGGAACGAUUGAGGAAGCAGCAGCUCAAACCGAGGCUAGCUUACGGCAAAACAGAGAGAGGUCGGCACGGGCUUCUGAGGGUAUCUAUUCGGAAACAGGCUCUGGCCACUCUACACCUUCUCCUGGACAACAAGCUUCAAUGGGGAUGGGCAGUGAGCUUCCUCCUCUAAAUAUCAUCCGCUCCACGGGGGAAUACUACAUCCCGAAUGGAGGAAUACCGGCCCAUGUCCGCGGUGAUUUCCAACAAGGAAGUCCUCGUGCUUCGCCGGCAGCUACAUCACCUUCUUUAUCGAGCUAUAGCAGCCAUCCUCGACCUUCCAUGACCUCACAUCCCAGCGGUUAUGGACCACCCCAGCCACUGGAGCCACCAGCAAACAAUGACCACAGACCGGGCAGUGUCACAGGCAGUCCACAUAUGACAAGCAUGGGAUGGGCGUCACCGUCUCAUGGCAGUAUGCCAUCUCCUGGCUCCCCUCACGAUUUUGGGUAUCCCGAGUCAAAUGUGGCUGCAUAUGCUAGUGCUAUGCCACCGCAUAUGUACUUUCCAAACUCGACUAUUCGACGACCCGGAAGCACCGAGCCGGAGAAUUACGAAAUGAAGCCUAGGAUCGGGCCUGACGGGUGGUCUACACCUAUGUAAUUGAAUGCCAAUGCGAAGAAUUGCAUUAGCAUGCAUACUAUACUAUACUAUACCUUUCCUUAUUCCCUCUGCUUGACUUUUCCUUGCAUUGUCCUGGUGACUUGUUUUAUAUCAAAGCGAACCGAUUCCCCUUUUCGUCUCAUCUUAUAUCGCUGUCAUUACUGUGUAUUGAUUGAUUCCCCUAAUAUCCCCCAUCCAUAUCGAUUAGCCCCUUUUUUUGUCAUGAAUCAUGUAUAGCAUACCUUUUCAUUUGUUCAAAGAGAGCUUUCAAUAACUUACUUAAUUACUAGUGAGUAAUGUACUCACAAGCACGCAUUCGACUGGAUGGAGCUAGGGAGUACGAUUCAAGGGACAAGGUUUGAAGGUGUUGUUGGUGUGGUUGGUUGGUUGGUUGAUUUGGUGGCGUAGGUAGAAUACCUUUUUUUUUUUU